AUGCCUCAAGCUCUUCCCGCUGCCAAACCCGGCAACGCAGGCGGCUCUCCAAUCGGCACAGCAAGUAGAGGAUCAUGCCAUGAACUGAUGCAGAACGCCCAAGCAGGCCACCCGCAAGAUGCGGAGCCAAUGUCAGUGAUGAGUAACGGUGAAGGGCAGCCGGCCCUGGACGCACCUGCUCUCAAUUUGGCAUUGCCGGAGGAACAUCAUGCGCUGCAACAUCAACAGCAACGGCAACAGCGCAGCGAUUCUUCAACACUGUCUGCUAAUAUCAUAUCUCGAAAUGCUGCAUCCGACGACGAUCGCGGGGUUCGUGCGACAUUGACGGCAACUAAAUCAGACCUUUUGGACGACGCCGCAGUGGUGGAACAUAGUAGUUAUAAUCACGGUCAAGCACCACCUCCACAAGGGGAAUCCAUCGUACCACGUACCUCUCGUGACGCUUCACCCCCAAACGUCUCGACAACAUCCUUAAAAGAAUAUUCGAUUCCUGCUCAAGAUCAUCCUCAGCCCAUACCUUCCACUACCUCCCAAACAAUACCCUCCCGCCGCAAAGUGAGCGGCAGAACGACAGCCGCGAAGAAUAUUUCGCAUGAGGGCAAGAUGCAUUUCGGUGGCAAUUCUGGGCCCGGGAGUGUCGCAUAUCGUCGCAGGGCCAUGGCAAAUACAAGCGCGAUUACAAUCUACGAGGCGGAUCUAGCCAGUGAAGACCGAGCGAAGCAGAAGGAGGCAAUAAGGAAAUACUUGGGAGAGGUAGUCAAGGAGGACUGGGAAUGGGAGUGGCCGCCACCAAUCUCUGCGCAGAAUAGCACAACAGAAUCAGAAUUACAUCACUCAGAGCUCGAGAACCCAGUUGGACUAGAAUGGAGGGAGAGGGACGAGUGGCUCAGCGGUGGGAGCGACAGCGAGCCAGAAGCUACCAUGCCAGGUCUCAAGUCUUCCAAAUCUCCCAAGAGUCCCAAAUCCCCAGGAAGUCCAAAAAGCCCCUUCCGCUUCGACAACCCAGAUGAUGUAGGAGACUCGAUCCGGAAAAUGGGGCAAGAGCGCAAGCGCAGACGCAAGAAGCGCCUUAGAGAGGAAAUGGAGGCGAACGAUGGCAUGCGAUGCUUCACCGAGCGACGAGAUGCAUGGACUGGAGCUCGACAUGUUCCUGCCAUAACCCAUACCCUACCGGUCCCGAAACGACAGUCUCAAUCUAGUGGUGACGGCAGUUCGACAGCAGUGGAUCUUGAAGAAACCGAUGAUGAUUACGAGGACGACGAUACGGAAAUCCCCAUCGCUCCACCAAUACUACCACCUACGAACGACAUGCGCAAGAGCAUCACGCCCGACGCCUACAAUACCAUUUAUGACAAAGUCAUACUUCAAUCGCUUACACCCAGCUGCCCUAUGAACCUAAAAGAUGUCACUCGAAGCUGUGUCCAAGGCUGGAAGCGGGACGGAGAGUGGCCCCCUAAGAGCGUGCCCGAAUCCCCGGGAACCCGACGAAGACGUAUGAGCGUCGCCGACCUAUUCAGUUCCGGCAAGCGGCAAACCACGCCGAAGCAGCCAGCGAAAGAGAAUGAGAAUGAAGGGGAUAAGAAAGAGGAAAAGACGCAUACCGCUGGCCCAUUCAAGAAGUUUAAACACAAGAUCAUGACGAUGAGACGCGGUAGUACGGCGGAUAAGGAUGGUAAUGGGGAAGGUGGAGCGGCGCCAGCGGCUUGA